AAAACCCAAUAUCAAUCUCUCUCUCUCUCUCCAUUUAACACUCUCAGUUUCUCUCCCGACUUAAUCCCCAACCACCAUUUCCAUUGCCUCUCUUAAAAACUUUUCCUUUUAUAUUCUAUACUGACACUAUCGUUUUCGGUAUGGUAUUCCGGAUUUGAUAAUUGGAAGUCGGUGGAGUUUCAGUUCACUACAGCAAUGAUUUCGAAGAAAAUAUUCGCUCUACUUCUCUUUGCAUUUGUGGUUUUGAAUUUCUGCACUGAGUUUAGAUCUGUCGCUCAACUUCUGCCUGAAGAAGAAGUACAAGCUCUUGAAACAAUAUCCUCAAAGCUACAGAACAGAUAUUGGAGUGUUCGCCGAAGUUCUUGCAGUGGGGGUGGAGAUCUGAAUGUGACCUUUACUGAUGAAUUUUUUAGCAAUGUGACUUGCAAUUGCUCGUUUAGUGGCGGUACUGUUUGCCAUGUCACAAACAUCCAGCUAAAGGGUCUUAAUUUGACAGGAGUUCUACCAGCAGAAUUCUCAAAUCUUAGUUAUCUGCAAGAAAUAGAGCUUUCCCGCAACUACAUUAGUGGAUCGAUACCCACGAAUUUAGGCCAGCUUAAUCUCACAAUUCUGUCCCUUCUGGGAAAUCGCAUUGGUGGUUCGAUUCCCAAGGAAAUAGGUGAUAUUUCCACACUUGAGCAGCUUGUCUUGGAAGAUAAUCAGCUUGGAGGAUCUCUUCAUCGAAACCUUGGAAGUUUGAGCCGCUUGAAGAGACUCCUUCUUUCUGCAAACAAUUUCACAGGAACGAUACCAGAAACAUUCGUCAACCUAAAGAAUUUAGAAGAUUUUAGGAUAGACGGGAGCACAUUAACCGGGAAGAUACCUGAUUUUAUAGGGAACUGGACAAGAAUUAAUAGACUGUGA